AGAUAAAUUUUUUAUAUACAUUGGAACAAUCGGAGAGAAAUCUGAUUUUUUUUAUUUUUUGUUGUUGUUGGGAGGAAUUUGAGAAGAAUCGGAGAAAAAUCUGAUUUUUUAAAAUUUUUUGUGGUUUUUGGAAUUGGUAUAUUUGGAAUCUGCAUGAGCGAGGCGGUGGGAGAAGAAUUGUUGUUGUUGAGGGGAAUUUGAUUUUUUGGCGCAACAUGUCUGCUGUGGUGUGCGGUAAGAGAUCCAAUUUUUUUGAAGAUUUGCAGUCAUCGCCGUCUCCGCCGCCGGUCCCGAAGAGGAUCCGUUGUUCUCCGUCUUCGUUUUCUCCGCCGCCAUCCUUCUCGACUCCGUCGGUGAUCGAUCAUCUCAUAUCGGUGUUCCCUGAUAUGGACAAACAGUUGCUUGAGAGAGCUCUGGAUGAAUGUGGUGAUCUGGAUUCUGCCAUCAAAAGAUUAAAUGAGCUUCGCUUGGGGUCUGCUGAGAAUUUGGGGCCCCUCCCAGGAAGAUCUGAUGCUACCCAGGACAACGGCAUUCCGAUCUUAACUCAAGGUAAUGGUGGGCCCACACCAUGCUCAUCUGUAGCAAAAGAACUGUACAGGAUGGAGCGUACUGAAUGGGUGGAGCUGUUUGUUAGAGAGAUGACGAGUGCCUCAAAUAUAGAUGAUGCUAAAUCCCGUGCUUCACUAGCUCUUGAGGCCUUUGAGAAGUCCAUUUGUGCCCGUGCAACAGAGGCAGCAGCUCGAAAUUUCCAGCAGGAACACAUAAUGCUCAAACAGCAGGUAGAAGAUCUUCUACAAGAAAAUAAUAUUUUGAAGCGAGCAUUUGCUGUUCAACAUGAGCGUCAGAAAGAGUUUGAAGAUAGAGGGAAUGAGGUGAAUCAGCUGAAGCAGAUGGUGGCUCAGUAUCAGGAGCAGCUGAGAACGCUUGAGGUCAAUAACUAUGCACUGACGAUGCAUCUCAAGCAGGCGCAACAAGGGAACUCUAUCCCCGGGCGUUUCCAUCCCGAUGUCUUUUAAUGUGUAUUAUGCCCUCAUUAAUGGAUAGGAUAGCAAUAGUCAUGUCCUACCAUAGCUAUAAGCAACACAUAAUUUUUGGGAUGAUACUUGGCCAGAAUAUGUGUUUUCUUGUUGAAGCCACCUGGUGCUGUUAUAAGCCAAAGGGUAGCUAUAGUAUCAAAGUAAGUAAUUAGACAUGGUUUUACUUGCUUUUCUGUUGGUACUUCAAAUUAGACAAUUGAGUUUAUACUUUUCUGGUCUUUUAUUAGUGAUAAGAAACUAUUUGACUUAUAAUUAGCA